AUCACCCCCAAACCCUCGGUCGUGCGAUGAUCCGGUCCUUGCUCCACAAGUCGACGCUGUCCCCAUCGCGCCUUGCGUUCCAGCACCGCCAACUCUCCAUUCAAAAUGCCAAGUGCGUCGGCGUUGUCCGAGAGGUCUACAACAAGUGGGAGCGCCGCGCCCCCGUCACGCCGGCCCACGUCCAGGAGCUUGUACAAGCGGGGGUCGAAGUCCGCGUGCAACCGAGCACUCAACGCAUCUUCACCAACGACCAAUAUGUCGCCGCAGGUGCGACCGUCACGGAUGACCUGUCGCCCGCGAACGUGAUUGUCGGCGUCAAGCAAGUGCCGAUCGCCAACCUCUUGCCUGACAAGACAUAUAUGUUUUUCUCGCACACGAUCAAAGCGCAGCCCGAAAACAUGAAGCUUCUCGACGCGAUCUUGGCCAAGCGCAUUCGCAUGAUUGACUACGAGUGCAUCACCCAGGGAGGCCAGCGCAAUGGACAGCGCCUGAUUGCAUUCGGCGGAUAUGCAGGCCGCGCAGGGAUGCUGGCGGGGUUCCGCGGCCUUGGCGAACGCCUCAUCAACAAGGGCUACUCGUCGCCAUUUGUCAACAUCGGGUCAGCGUACAUGUACCCGGACUUGUCUCGCGCCAAGGACGCCAUCGUGGCCGCCGGCGAACUCAUCCAAAAGAACGGCCUUCCCGAGGACUUGUCGCCGAUGGUUGUCGUGUUCACUGGCAACGGCAACGUGUCCAAAGGCGCCCAGGAAAUGUUCAAGCUCUUGCCGCACAAGAUGGUCGAUCCGUCCGAAUUGCCGCAUUUGCCGCCCAACCGCCACGUCGUCUACGGAUGUGUCGUAAACGAACAUCACAUGGUGAAGCGCAAGGACGGGUCGGAAUUCACCAAGUCGGACUACUACAAGCAUCCCGAGCUGUACGAGCCCGUGUUCCAUGAAACGAUCGCGCCGUACACGUCGCUGCUAGUCAAUUGCAUGUACUGGGACGACCGGUACCCUCGCUUGAUCACCAAGGACCAGAUAGACGACCUGGCGCGCCAGGCGGGUGGCGACCCGAAGCUGCAAGGGGUCGCGGACAUUUCGUGCGAUUUGGGCGGCAGUGUUGAAUUCCUCGACCGGUCCACAACGAUCGAAGAUCCGUUCUUCCUGUACGACAUCAAGUCCCGCACGUCCAAGUCGUCGUUGGAAGGGUCCCCAGGAGUCAUGAUGAUGGGAGUCGAUAUCUUGCCGAGUGAGUUGCCCACGGAAUCGUCGACGCAUUUCGGUAAUCACUUGGUCAGCUACCUCAAGACCCUGUCGGCGGCGGAUGCCACGACCCUCCCCGCCGAAUUGGAAGGCGCAGUGAUUGCCAAGGACGGCAAACUCGCCCCCAAAUUCGAGUACAUUCAAUCGAUGCGCCAAGAACGUGAACGAUCCAAGGCCCAUCAGUACGAAACGGAAGCGGCCGCGAUCGCCGGCAGCACGUGCGUCCAGUUUGAAGGCCACAUGUUCGACAGCGGCCUGCUCGACAACGUGCUGAACCUGGUCGAGUCGCACAACGGCGGGUUUGCCGUGAUCGAGUGCCAAGUGCGACCGAACUUCAACGACGCCGACUCGCCGACGACGUCGGCGCGGGUGUCGCGCGUGAUUGUCCAGAUCAGCAUGGACACUCGGAGCGAACUGGACGAAAUUCUGCGCAAAAUCCACGCGCUGGCCGACUUGACCCCCAAGGCCGAAGCGAACGUCCGUGAAUUGCCCGACUACUGCCAAGGCAAGUACGACCAAACCCUCCGCCAGAUCAAGGACGGUGCCGGUAUGUCGUUCACUGGCAACGCCACUGUCCACGAUGCCGCGGAGCGCAAGAACAUUGUGUGCCUUGGCGCCGGCCUCGUGUCGGCGCCGUUGGUCGAGUACCUCACCCGCGACCCCAACCAUUCGUUGACGAUUGUGUCUGGGUUGCCGGGGGAGGCGUCCGCCAUGGCGCAAAAGUACACCAAGAAGAACCGCGCCGUCAAACCGGCCACAAUCGACGUUGGCAAGGACCAGAGCUCGGUGGCGUCUCUCGUGUCGGAAGCUGACUGCGUUGUGUCGCUGUUGCCGGCCCCCAUGCAUGUCAACAUCGCCAAGAUGUGUUUGGAUUCGGCGACGCCGCUCGUGACGGCCAGUUAUAUCUCCCCGGAAAUGCACGCGCUCCACGGUCAAGCACAGGCCCAGCGCAUCCCGAUUUUGUGCGAACUUGGCCUCGACCCUGGCAUGGACCACAUGAGCGCCAUGAAGAUUAUCGACGAAGUCCAGGCGAAGAAUGGCCGCGUCGUAUCAUUUUCGUCCGUGUGUGGGGGGCUGCCCGCCCCGGAAGCCGCGGACAACCCGAUUGGGUACAAGUUUUCGUGGUCGCCGCGCGGCGUCUUGAUGGCGGCGCUGAACGCGGCGCAGUACCGCAAGGACGGCAAGAUCGUCCAAGUCAAGGGGGAAGACUUGUUGACGACAGCCGAACGAGUCAACUUUUUGCCCGCGUUUGCGUUGGAGCAGAUCCCGAACCGUGACUCGCUGCCAUACGCCGACAUUUACAACAUUCCAGAUGCCGAAUCGAUUUAUCGCGGCACGCUUCGAUAUGCUGGCAACUGUGCCAUCAUGCACGAAUGCCGCCUGCUUGGCCUCAUGAACACGACCCCCGAAACGCUGCCUGCCACAUGGCCGGAACUCCUUGCCAAGCUCAAGGCCCGCAAGACCCUCCGCCCGGAUGCGGAGGCAUUCUUUACGUGGCUGGGAUUGACCGACCCUUCAACGGUCAUUGAUCCAUCGGCCACGUGCACGAUCGACGCGUUCUGCUCGCUCUUGACCAAGAAGCUGUCGUAUCUCCCCGGCGAGCACGACAUGGCGAUCAUGCACCACGAAUUCGGCGUCGAAUUCCCCGACCGCCGCGAAGUCAUCACGUCGACUUACGUCGGAUAUGGCGAUGAAGAAAGCACAGUCAUGGCCAAGACCGUCGGGAUGAGUGCCGCGAUCGGCGUCGAGUUGAUUUUGCGAGGAGAUGUCUCGUCGACGGGGGUGUUAACGCCGACGACCCCCGACAUUUACACACCUGGGCUGGCUCGCCUGGAAGCGGAAGGCAUCCGUUUCAUUGAAAAGACCCGCGUCGUGGCAAAAUAAGCGCCGACUCGAACGCGUGGUGGUCCAGCCAGCCCGUGUGCCUACUCUCUCCUAGCGAGCAACAAUUGAAAACGUGCUACAAUAUACUCGAGUGGUGUUAGCGGGUAGCAGACGUGAGUGCUUUACAACACGCGAGCCAGGACGAGUCGCCAACUGGUGCCGAUUACACAC